CACAUCCGAUACUUCCAUCACUUCCAACCAACCAACCAAGCAACCCCUUAGACAACCUUCAAAAUGAAGUUCACCAUCGCCCUCGCUCUGUUCAGCGCCGUCGCCAUGGCCCAGAAUUGCCCUCAGGCCACUCUUAUGCCCGCAUGUGCUACCCCCUGCAUCAGUUCUGCUGCAUCCGCCGUCGGCUGCAAUGGAGCUGACUAUGCCUGCCAAUGCUCCAAGUCUGCUCAGCUCGUGGCUUCCGCUCAAGGUUGCGUUCUCGGAGGCUGCGGCAUUGAGGCUGCCCCCACCGUCAUCAGCGCCGCUUCUGCUAUCUGCAGUGCUUGCGCUUAAGCGGUGUCUUGUCGACAACAAACGGCCAAACGACUUUUUUCUCGCGAUGAUAAAAGAUAGCAUGAGUGCAUGAUUGGGCUGUGUUGCUUUUGUCCUCUUUGACUGGUUGGUUUGGUUGGGCUGGCUGAGUCGGAAGGGAUGGUUGCCUGUUUGGUUAUGAUCCGAGUCAUUGGUUCUUCCUCGGAAACAAAUAGAUAACUGCAGUCUCC